CGUUAGUGUUUAGCAGUUGAACAAUUGAAAUCGGGGAAUUGCUGAGAGUCUGUAACCCCCGUAGGCUUCAGAAUUUUUAACAACUUUCAGACGCGUGACGCAACUUGAUUACACCGCUUUUUGCUUUUCAAUUCAUUUCAACUGUUGCGAACGUUUCAUAAUUGUACGCAGGAUGUUUUCUGAAAAUAAUCUUGGCAAAGAUUAUUCCAGCAUAUCUAAACACGAACUACUAUUGCAUGUUUGUAACAACGAAAGAGAUCUUGACGAAAGUUUGCGAAACAUGGCCGAAAUUUUUAUUUAUCUCUGCAGUUUAAUUUUUAUGGCGCAUUAUCCACUUGUGAACAUAAGUAAAAUUGAAAAAUUUCAAGAUUUAUGUAACGAAGAUAUUGUAGGCAGAGACUUUCGUAUCAACGUUAUAAAACAAUUUUAUUUCUUUUUUCACACGCAACAUGCAAUUGCAGAUGCUUUGGAGACAUUUUCAAAUUGCAGAAAGUACAGUCUGCCAAUUUUUAUUAUUGUGGGUCUUUUAGGAAACUGUUUGUCCGCUAUUGUGCUCUUCCGUAAAAAGAUGCGUUCUUUCUCGUCCAACAUCUACUUGGGCGUGCUAGCAAUAUGCGACAUAACUUAUUCGAUAGUAUUACUCAUUGAAUGGCUCAUGUUAAUGGAUAUAGAACCAAUGAAAGACGCAUACUGGGUAAUUUACUUGAUAAAGUUUCCGAAAUUCUUUUUCGAGUUCUUGAGCGUGUGGCUUAUAGUAGCUUUUACCAUCGAGCGAUAUAUUGUUACGAAGUAUCCGCUUCUGCGUCGAUCUUGGUGCACUGUCAGACGAGCAAAAAUCGUAGUAAUCACGCUGAUGGGACUAGCAAUUUUGUUCAACAUUUUUUUUAUUUGGACCAUGACUUAUACAAAUGAACUUUUAAAAUCCAAUAAUAUAAUUAGCUAUACUUUAUACAAACAUCAAAAUUUGGACAUUCAGAUAAGCGCUGCAUUUAAAAGGAUGAUUAUGACUUCUAUUAUAAUAUUUACUUUACCUGCUCUCGUGAUAGUAAUCUGCAAUACUCUGAUAGGAUAUCACAUUUACCAGCAAAAUCGUGUUCGCAAAAUGUUGAUUGCAGCGUCCGAUUCUUCUAAUAAAAAAACGCAGAUUUCUAGUGUCAAAAUGCAGUAUAAAAUCACAAGAAUGCUUAUUCUUGUUUCGAGCAUAUUUGUAAUGGUAAAAUUACCUAGACAUUACUUUUCCUUCAUUUUUCGUUACAUUACUGAAUCUAGCAAUGUGAUAGUCAUGUUCACAAUAUUCGACUUAUUAGACAUAGCACAUAACAGUAUAAAUUUUGUUCUCUACUGCGCAACUGGACAAACUUUUCGCAGAGAACUAAUCCACAUGUUUACAAAACGUACAAAUAUAAGGAAAAACAAAAAUCAUGGAGAUGUAUAAUUAUAAAUAACAGUUGCAAGUUUACGUUCUAUCGCAGUUCAAAUAAAACAUUGUAUUUGUUAACAUCACACAACAGAAAGUUUCUCAAGGGGAGCUAACACUCCUGAUUGAUACACGAGAAAUUAUAAUAUACAUUAUAACUUCAUAUAAAUAUAGUUAACUGCAAAUAGCUUAAUAAAAUAGUUAAAC